GCUCUUCUUGUGUAUCCGGGAAUAUCUGGCAGCGACGUUCAACAGGCGUUGAGAGCUGCGUUUUCGCUCCCAGACAAGGUGGCGGGGCUCGUGGAUCCGUCUCUCGAUACUUAUUUUCCAGUCAGCUUCAUUUCCAGAGCGCCAAAGUAUUUUUCGGAGCGGGCCCCAUGCCGCAUUGUCCCUGUGCUUGGAGGUACUGCAAAGCAGGGGCGUGCGACGGGGAGGAAAGACAAAAUAGAAGCAAGCGAGUCAGGCUGCAAGGAUACCUUGGAAAAUAUUCUCCAAGAUUUAUUUUCGGCACAUGCCGCAGUACAACAAGUGGUACCCGAUGCACCCAGGACCACGAGCCGAGUUCGAUGCCGACUUGAAGCACUUGGCGAAAAAUCUCGGCAUUGAGGCCCUGUCCACGACCCGCGCGAUAUUUGGUUUGUUCGACGACGGGCGAGGGGGAAUCCUUCACAUCCAAGAUUUGGCUGCAGGGCUGACAGUGCUGUGCGAUGCGAGUAUGGCACAAUUUGUUCAGUGCGCUUGCCGAUUGUACAGAGGGCCUGAUGGUGAUUCCGGGUUCGACGACGUUUUUGGACUCACCCUCUCGAUUCUCAAGGUUCUCCACGCCUCUGGCCGCGCAGACUGGCCUUGGCCAGGGAUGCUACCGCACGAGGUCUCCGCCGUUGUUUCAUCGGACUUCUUCCUUCGCAAGGGAUUACCACUGAGUGGACGCGUUACGAUCGACUGGUCGGCCUUUGCUGCCCUGGAGGAAACCGAAAGGAGCAGUGAAACGGCAGGCGGCGGGUGUUGGGGACACUUACUGCAAGGUCUUCGGAAAUACGACAUCACGGUUGUUCUCGGAUUGUUGUCGGCGUUCGUGGACCAGAGCGGCGGAAUUUCUCGACCGGCUUUUGUUGGAUGCAUGCGAGCUUUGUUCGAGGAGGACGGGUGCUGCGUCCUUUCCGCCGCGGAAACGAUGGAGCUCAAGAUAAGUCUAACGCGACUGUACCAAGUUUUAGACGGCGAUCGAAUGGAGACCGUGGCGUUCAGAGAUCUGGCCAGAUUCGUCCGGGCACCAGUAACUUCGGGCGUGAGGGAAAUACGUUCCAUGAACUGGGCCGAAUCACUUCACAACUUGGGCGCAGUUGCAUGCUGUGUGAGGGUUUCGUUGACACCUUUCCUCCGUUUCUGCUGUGGCCUGGCGAGUUCCCGACCUCUCAUGGAAGAAUCUCGCACAGCAGCAGCGACGGAAAGGAGAGACUUGGACGUGAAUGAUGAGAGAAUAGAGCGGAACGUCGACCUUCAUGCACGGCUCCAUUCGAAAGCGCAUCCGAGCACAAGCACUGCGGCGAACUCGAAUGAGGCUUCCUGGACGGAACCGGAUGAGUUGCGGGGUGAGCUGGAAAAACUUGCUGAACGCUCGGCCAAUGGCUCGUCCUCCAAGGAGGACACAGGGGGAGAAGGUCGCCCGUGCAAGGGAACUCUCGAUGAGGUCGAAUCCCCUCUUUCGGAGAGUUUGGAGCAAGCGCGGCGAGUCACGCGGUUGUGCAAUACCUCAGUUGCGCAGGUUGUUGUAGUUUUGAAAGACUUCGUGAAUGACGGAGGACGCUUAGCAAGACAAUCGGUUCAUCAAUGCAUUCGCCGUCUGCGCACGGCGAUCGAAAACGAGAGUCGAGUUAGGGAGACGGUCGGGGAGUACGAAGAAAAUGCUCGCGACCAAAGCUACAGCUCAGCGGCAGCACACCAUGUCAUCAAUCGCCUGUUCGAUGCUGUUGAUGUACACAACGCGGGGGACGUCAAUUUCUGCGAGUUUGCAAGCGCUCUGUCGGUUUUGUGCGGAGAUACACGACAAGAGAAAAUGCGAGCGAUUUUCAAUCUGUUCCUGGGCGGUGAAGAAUGCGGGAUUACCGCACGAGAUAUUGCAACAUAUACCACGUCCGCGUUUCGCGCCAUGUACAAGCUGCAGCCAAGCCUCGAGGGAGAGGUGGGGAUCGCUCCAGAGGCAUUGGGUAUCUUGACAGCAUCGAAUAUGAUGGAGGAAGCAUUGCGGAAUGGCGAUGGUCGAAUAUCUCCAAGGGACUUCAGUGGGUGGCUGUCCGAUGAUGGUAAUCCACACGGUGCAGAAGGGUUUGCGCGUGAUGCUGAGCCACUGGAGCCACCGGGCAUUGAAAAGGCGGGCGAAGAUGAUGCGCGGCCGGAUGAGGAUGUUGCACUUCGCGGUGAUAGGGAAGUAGGGCACGCAGACGGUGCAGGCUUGUCGCGGAAGCAGCAUAUUGUAAUGCGCGCGAGAAAGUUACUCUGCCUGGACUGCUUCAACGUGAUGGAACUCAUGGAAAUAUUGGCGGAAGUGACCGUGACGGGCACUUUGGCUCUGGGCGACAUGUGGCGCUGUAUCGGCUACCUCUUGCAGCUGGGAGGGACUAGUGAGGGCACGGUCGAAUGGGACGACGCCUUCUUCCUCACACAGCGCAUUCACCGCGCCUUCCAAGACAACGACGGAAUUGUGGGGUUUGCUGCCUUAACUUGCGGCAUAUCGACAUUAUGCCAGUUGUCCGUGAAAGACAAGAUACUGGUGGCGUUCACAUUGUUCGAUACAGACGGAGACGGCCAGUUAACCUUCGAAGAACUUACCACGUGUAUCGCGAGCGUGUUGAGAGUGGUCUGUGCUGUCGGGCAGGACGUGAAAGGUAUUGCCAAUCCAGACCGGCUCGGAGCGGCGCUUGCUACUCAGUGUUUCAGACAAGCAACGGUUUCUAUCGAUGAAAAGCUCGGAAUCGAUGAUUUCCGGCUCUUCCUGGGUGGAUCGCCAAGAAUAUCUAUCGAUGCGCGCCGGUCGGGGGGUCUAGGUUAG